AUGUCUGACUAUUUCACGUUUCCUAAGCAGGAGAAUGGCGGUAUCUCGAAGCAGCCUGCGACACCAGGUUCAACUCGGAGCUCUUCUAGAAAUUUGGAGUUACCGAAGAACUAUCGUUCAUUUGGUGGUAGUAGCGAUGAACUGGCAUCUAUGUAUUCCGCCGACUCCCAGUACUUGAUGGAUAUGAUUCCUGAUUCAUUGACGCUGAAAAAUGAGCCAGCAUCUGGAAAUACGCAAAUGAACGGGCCAGAUGGCAAAGAGAAUAAGGACAUAAAACUUGACGAGUAUAUAUUACCCAAGACAGACCCAAGGUCACCCUACUAUAUUAACAUGCCUAUACCUAAAAAAUUGCCGAAGAGUGAAGGUAAGGCGAGGGCUAAACAAAAGGUUAACAGGGCUGAUCCUUCUGAUUUAGAUGUGGAGAACAUUUACGAAACUUCCGGGGAGUUUGUUAGAGAGUAUCCGACAGAUAUUUUGAUUGAUAGGUUUCACAAAUGGAAGAAAAUCUUGAAAAGUUUGAUCGCUUACUUCAGAGAAGCUGCCUACUCUCAGGAACAAAUUGCAAGGAUCAACUACCAGAUGAAAAAUGCCGUAAAAUUUGCUUUUCUUACUGAUUUGGAAGAUGAAACAAACAAACUGGUUGAUCCAAGUAUAUCUAAGUUGCCUACUAAGAAACCUCAGCCUGUCCCAUUGGCCGCUCAAAAAUUGGACAGCAAGUACGACACAGAUGUGGAACAGCCGCAGUCAAUCCAAUCAGUACCUUCGGAAGAGGUAGCUUCAGCUUCUUCUGGCUUCAUGAAAUUUGGGUCAGGAUCCAUUCAAGAUAUUCAAGUGAUUUUGAAGAAGUACCAUUUAUCUUUGGGUAGUCAACAAUAUAAGAUCUCUAAGGAAAUCUUGGCAUAUAUUAUACCCAAAUUGACCGACUUGCGUAAGGAUUUGACCACAAAGAUGAAAGAAAUUAAAGAAUUAAAUGGAGAUUUCAAGACUAACAUAGGCGAGCAUAUCAAAAUAACAAGCAGGCUUCUGAAUAAAUAUAUUGCUUCAGUGAAGUUAUUAGAUGAAGCAUCCACUUCGGGCGAUAAGCAAGGUGAAAAAUUAAAACCAAAACACGAUCCAUACCUUUUGAAAUUACAACUAGAUUUGCAGCUGAAAAGACAAUUACUCGAAGAAAACUAUCUUCGAGAAGCUUUUCUGAAUUUACAAUCAGCAGCACUACAACUGGAGAAAAUAGUAUAUUCUAAAAUUCAAUCCGCAUUACAGCGCUACUCAGCGUUAAUUGAUUCAGAAGCACGAUUAAUGAUCAAAAAUUUGUGCCAUGAAUUGCAGCAAGGUAUUCUAUCUAGACCACCGGCUGUAGAGUGGGAUAAUUUUGUCUCUCAUCAUCCUACCUGUCUGAUGAAUUUAAAAUCGACAGACCCGCCACCGCAACCCAGAAGAUUAUCUGAUAUUGUUUAUCCUAACAUGAAAUCGCCGCUGGCCAAAUGCAUUAGAGUAGGAUAUCUACUGAAGAAAACAGAGUCUUCUAAAAGUUUUACUAAAGGUUAUUUUGUGUUGACUACAAAUUAUCUUCACGAAUUCAAAAGCAGCGAUUUCUUUCUAGACAGCAAGUCUCCCCGUUCAAAAAAUAAACCUGUUGUUGAACAAUCAGACAUUAGCCGUGUGAAUAAGGAUGGGACUAACGCUGGCAGUCACCCAUCGAGCAAAGGGACACAGGAUCCGAAACUGACGAAGAGAAGAAAGGGUUUGAGUUCUUCGAAUCUAUAUCCUAUCUCUAGUUUGUCUUUAAAUGAUUGCUCAUUAAAGGAUAGUACUGACUCAACUUUUGUUUUACAAGGGUAUGCUAGUUAUCAUUCACCAGAGGACACAUGUACAAAAGAAUCAAGCACGACCUCAGAUUUGGCAUGUCCAACAAAGACGCUUGCUUCAAAUAAGGGCAAACAUCAACGUACGCCUUCAGCUCUCUCGAUGGUGUCCGUUCCGAAAUUUCUAAAGAGUUCUUCCGUGCCCAAGGAACAAAAAAAGGCUAAAGAAGAAGCUAACAUCAAUAAGAAGUCAAUUUGCGAGAAGCGCGUUGAAUGGACGUUUAAAAUAUUUUCCGCAAGUCUUGAACCAACUCCAGAGGAAUCAAAAAAUUUCAAGAAAUGGGUUCAGGACAUAAAAGCGCUUACAAGUUUCAAUUCUACUCAGGAGAGGUCGAACUUCAUUGAAGAAAAGAUUCUGAAAAGUAGAAACCAUAAUAAUGGAAAGAGCUCUCAAAGGUCCAAAAACAGUACAUAUAUCACUCCAGUAGACAGUUUUGUUAACCUUUCUGAAAAAGUAACGCCAUCUUCCUCUGUUACCACGUUAAACACUAGGAAGAGGGCAAAUCGUCCUCGUUAUAUAGACAUCCCAAAAAGCGCAAAUAUGAAUGCAGGCGCUAUGAAUUCCGUAUACAGGUCAAAAGUCAAUACACCAGCCAUUGAUGAAAAUGGUAAUCUGGCCAUAGUGGGAGAAACGAAAAACAGUGCUCCACAAAAUGGUAUGAGUUACACAAUUAGAACCCCUUGCAAAUCGCCUUAUUCACCUUAUACUGGGGAAGGUAUGCUUUACAACCGGUCAGCAGAUAACUUAAUGGCAUCCUCUUCGCGAAAAGCAUCGGCUCCCGGAGAGGUACCUCAAAUAGCUGUUAGUAAUCAUGGGGAUGAAGCCAUUAUUCCGGCAAGCGCGUAUUCAGAUAGUAGUCAUAAAUCGUCUCGUGCCUCCAGUGUUGCAUCCAUUCACAACCAACGGGUUGAUUUUUAUCCUUCGCCAUUAAUGAACUUACCAGGUGUUUCACCCAGUUGUCUAGCAUUGGAUGGUAAUGCAAACGGAUAUUUUGGAAUACCAUUGAAUUGCAAUUCGGAAGCAAGACGAGGGUCAGAUCUUUCACCUUUUGAGAUGGAGUCUCCAUUGUUCGAGGAAAACAGAACUCAAAACUGCAGUGGCUCUCGCAAAAGUUCAGCUUGUCAUAUUCCCCAUCAAUGUGGUCCAAGGAAAGAAGGUAAUGACUCACGAUUGAUCUACGGCAAUGAGAAGGGCGCCUCACAAUCACGUCUAACGUUGAAGGAACCGCUUACAUCUAAAGGUGUUGAAGCUCCUUAUAGCAGUUUGAAAAAGACAUAUAGUGCGGAAAACGUCCCACUAACAUCUACUGUAUCGAAUGAUAAGUCUCUUCACUCGCGCAAGGAGGGAAGUACUAAUACUGUACCUGCUACAUCCGCGUCAAGUAAGUGA